GGCUACAGCAUCGCGCAUUGUUAAAAGACGAUGACUGUCGUGUUGUAUUCAUGUGUUGCUUACAAUCGUUAAUUUGUCUUUACAUUUUCCAUAGUCCAAAAAAGGUGGCCAAAGAAAGGUUUAAACGUCGCAUGGAAAAACUCAGACGACAUCAUGAUGAGUGCACGAGGAAACAUUCACCGAAGACAAAGGAAAGUCCGAAGCAAUCACCAAGGUCUGACACCAUGACACAUCAUCAGGACCCAGAUGAUGAACCCCCACCUCCCUAUAAUGAAGACACCUUUGCCUUGCAGAUGAUGUGUACAGAAGUCUCGAUUAAGGAAAGUCAGAAGCAAUCACCAAGGUCUGACACCAUGACACAUAAUCAGGACCCAGAUGAUGAACCCCCACCUCCCUAUAAUGAAGACACCUUUGCCUUGCAGAUGAUGUGUACAGAAGUCUUGGACAGUGACGCGGAUACAGUCAUUUUUGAAUUGCCCAGUUCUUCUGCAGCAUCAGAAGCCCAAGAAGUUCCAAAGCUAGAGAGGACUGAGAGUGUAUUUCUUACUAAAAAAUCAUUACACAUCGGUUCAGCUUCAGAUGACAGCUUCUCGGAUAUAGUUAGCAGCAUUGAAAACAGCGAUGAUGACUUUGUGCCGGAUUCAGAGAGCUGUUCAGAAGAAUCUGAAGAGAGCCUUCCAUGUGGAAAAAGGAGACGUCUGUCACAGACCAGUCUCUCAUCUCCCAAUGUGACCUUAGACAGCAGUGAUGAUAAUUCAUCUUCCAUGAAUGCAGCCCAACAGUCUUCCUCUCCUGAAGAUAAGGAGACAUCAACUCAGCCAGUCGAGGAUGUCAACAGUGAUAUUUCGGUAAUGAAAUUGAAGAAGACUGCAUAUGGCCAAAGAGUGUACAACAAAAAGCAGUAUUGCUUUUACUGCUGCAAACCAUUCAGCAAGAUGGCAAGGCACUUGGCCCAAAUACAUAAGGAUGAGGUGGAGGUUGCAAAAGCACUUUCUUUUACGAAGGGGUCUAAAGAAAGAAGGGUUCAUCUAGAUCUUUUGCGUAACAAAGGGAAUCGUGCACACAACGUAAACGUUCUGAAAGCAGGCAAAGGUGUAUUGGUGCCACGUCAACAAGCAACUGCCAAGCAGGUAGACGUGAAUGACUAUGUGCACUGUUUACACUGCCAAGGGCUGUUCAGACGAAAGGCUCUUUGGAGGCAUAUGGCAAGGUGUAAUUUGGCGAAGAAGUGCCAGCUCACAAAACCAGGCAGAUCUAGAGUUCAAGCACUCUGCGCAUAUGCACAGCCUGUCCCUGAAGGGGUAAGUAAGAAGUUAUGGAAGCUCAUAAGUGACAUGAAGCAAGACAAAGUAACACAGGCAGUUAAAAGUGAUGUAUGUAUCAUCAGAUUUGGAGAACAUUUGUGUAACAAAAUGGGCAAUGACAAAACUAAGCACGAAUACAUAAGAACUAAAAUGCGUGAGGCUGGAAGGCUGUUGGUGUGUGCCAAGAAAAGGGGAACGCUAAAUGCAAUCAAAGACUUUUUCAUACCUUCAAACUUCUACAAUGCCAUUCAGGCUGUUAAAGACACAGCAGGAUUCAAAGAUGAAGAAGAGGUCUUCACAGUCCCCUCUUUGGCUUUGAAACUGGGCCACACCCUCAAGAGAAUGGCGGAUAUUGCUGAAUGUGAGGCAAUGAUGGCAGGAGAGGAAAGCAGCAUACAGAAUGUGAAGCGCUUCAAAGACAUGUACACCACUAAAUGGAAUGAGUGUGUGUCAGCAUCAGCCUUGAAAACCCUGAGAGAAGCAAAGUGGAACUCUCCAGAACUUCUUCCUUUCACAGAAGAUGUCAAAAAAAUGCAUAUGCACCUCAACAAGAAAACUAAACAGUAUCAGGAAAAAAUCAAAGCGGAGAAAAACCAGAAGAAUUGGUCACAGCUAGCCCAAGCGACUUUGUGUGAGGUAAUCCUAUUUAAUCGCCGAAGACCUGGAGAAGUCUCAAAAAUGAAAUUGAACACAUUCCUUCUCAGAAACACUUCAGUCUUGCAUUCUGACGUUGCUGAUGCCUUAUCUGAAGUUGAGAAGAAGCUCUGUCAGCAUUUCCAACGCAUUGAAAUCAGAGGUAAACGAGACCGAAAGGUCCCAAUACUCCUGACUCCAGGCAUGCUGGAUUCAAUGGAUCUACUUGCAAAGUCUCGCCAAACAUGUGGUGUACUGGAUGAAAAUCCUUUUUUUUUUUCGACACCCAUGACCGAGAAAUCCUACUACCACGGCACAUCUUGUAUCAGGAAAGUUGCCCGGGAGUGUGGGGCCAAAUAUCCAAAGGCUCUUUCUUGCACAAAGCUGCGGAAACAUGUGGCUACAGUCUCUAAAGUGCUUAAUCUGAAGGACACUGAGAUGGACCAGUUGGCGGACUUCAUGGGACAUGACAUUCGUGUGCACAGACAGUUUUACAGGUUGCCUGAGGGGACGCUGCAGCUAGCCAAAAUCAGCAAGGUGCUGUUAGCCCUUGAACAGGGAAGAGUUGCGGAAUUCAAGGGUAAAAACAUUGAAGAGAUCAACAUUGAGCCUUAUGAGAAGCUGAAUUUAGUCAGUAACAUGUCUGAAAGUGAAGAUGAAGAGAGUGACAGCGAGAUGCUACAGCCAAAGAACACCAGGCGACCCCAGCGUCCUUCAACAUCUACAGACGAAUGUUUGGUUGACAGCGAGUCUGCAAUGCCACAGCCAAAGAAGCGACGACUAUCCCCUUCAACAUCAACGUCUACAGAGGAACUUCCCAUUAGCGGGAGGUCUACAAAGGGAAGAAGGAAGAAAGGAGGAAAGAUGCCUUCAAAAUCAGGUGGGUCAAAAUCCUCAAAAAGGGAGUGGACAGAAGAGGUGAAGGCAGUUAAGGACAGAUGCUUAUCCACUUCAAUAUCUUCAACCUCUACAGGUGUGUCAAAACCCCCCAAAAGAAAGUGGACAGAAGAAGAGGUGAAGGCAGUUGAGAACAAACUGAUGGAUUGCAUCACAUCUGGCAGGGUACCAGGGAAAUUGCAAUGUGAAGACUGCAUCAGGUCAGCUCCUUCAGUUCUUAAGCACAGAACCUGGGAAGCGGUGAAGUUUUACAUCAAAAACCGAAUAACGGCAUACCAGAGGGAAUGUGGUAAAAGAAAGUGAAAAAGCCGGCUCGGAUCAGUAUUAUAACUUUUCAGUUUUAGUCACAUCUGUUUUUUAACAGACUUGGUUUCUGUUUAGAAGUGUUGUCACAUUCUGUUUUUUUUUUUUUUUUUUUUUUUAUACAUAAUUUCUUUCCCACACAUAAUGGCACCAGAUAGUAGUUCAGUUUAGCUCUACCUUACCGAUGUGCCUUGACCUUCCCAAAUUAAACUAGCUUUUCCAUUAUUCUCAAUAAUGUUUUAUGUUUCUCAAUAUGGAUGCAUGUAUAACUGCAUACCAGAGGGAAUGUGGAAAAAGAAAAUUAAAGUGAAAAUGCUGGCUCGGGUCAGUAUUCCAGUUCCAGUCACAUAGUUGGAUUUCGAAAGACUUUGUUUCUGUUAAGAGGUGUUGUAACACAUUUCUAAUUAUCAUCUUAUAUAUAAAUAUCAUUUUUUUUCACAUAUAAUGGCACUAGAAAGUAGUUCAGCUCAGCUCUAGUAGCUUACUGAUGUGCCUUGACAUUAUUUAGAAUAAUGGAAGAGCUAGUUUAAUUUCUUUUUUUGUUGAUAUUGAUAUAGAUGCAUGCAUGCAUUGCAGGAUUGUUUUAUAUUAUCGAAAACCGAUAAUGGCAUACCCAGAGGGAUUGUGGUAGAAGAAAGUUAAAGUAAAAAUGCUGGCUCGAAUCUGUAUUUUUACUUUUCAGUUCCAGUAACAUAGUUGGAUUUUGAAAAAAAAAAAAAAUGGUUUCCGUUUAGAUGUGUUGUCACAUUUCUAAUGAUCUUUUUUUACAUAUGUAUUUGUCUUUUUUUUCCUACAAAUAAUGGCACCGGAGAGUAGUUCAGUUUAGCUCUAGUACCUUACCAAUGUGCCUUGAGAAGAGUGAUGAUGGUGAUGUAGAGAGAGGAGGAGAAGAAGUGAGGGAUGAUGGUGAUGUAGAGAGAGGAGAAGAAGUGAGGGAUGAUGGUGAUGUAGAGAGAGGAGGAGAAGUGAGGGAUGAUGGUGAUGUAGAGAGAGGAGGAGAAGAAGUGAAGGAUGAUGGUGAUGUAGAGAGAGGAGGAGAGGAAGUGAGUGAUGAUGGUGAUGUAGAGAGGAGGAGAAGAAGUGAGGGAUGAUGGUGAUGUAGAGAGAGGAGAAGUGAAGGAUGAUGGUGAUGUAGAGAGAGAGGAGAAGAAGUGAAGGAUGAUGGUGAUGUAGAGAGAGGAAGAGAGGAAGUGAUUGAUGAUGGUGAUGUAGAGAGGAGGAGAAGUGAGUGAUGAUGGUGUAGAGAGAGGAGGAGAAGAAGUGAAGGAUUAUGGUGAUGUAGAGAGAGAGGAGAAGUGAGUGAUGAUGGUGAUGUAGAGAGAGGAGGAGAAGAAGUGUGGGAUGAUGGUGAUGUAGAGAGAGGAGAAGAAGUGAGGGAUGAUGGUGAUGUAGAGAGGAGAAGAAGUGAGGGAUGAUGGUGAUGUAGAGAGAGGAGGAGAAGUGAGGGAUGAUGGUGAUGUAGAGAGAGGAGGAGAAGAAGUGAAGGAUGAUGGUGAUGUAGAGAGAGGAGGAGAGGAAGUGAGUGAUGAUGGUGAUGUAGAGAGGAGGAGAAGAAGUGAGGGAUGAUGGUGAUGUAGAGAGGAGAAGAAGUGAGGGAUGAUGGUGAUGUAGAGAGAGGAGGAGAAUUGAGGGAUGAUGGUGAUGUAGAGAGAGGAGGAGAAGAAGUGAGUGAUGAUGGUGAUGUAGAGAGAGGAGAAGUGAGUGAUGGUGAUGUAGAGAGAGGAGGAGAAUUGAGGGAUGAUGGUGAUGUAGAGAGAGGAGGAGAAGUGAGGGAUGAUGAUGUAGAGAGAGGAGGAGAAGUGAGUGAUGAUGGUGAUGUAGAGAGGAGGAGAAGUGAGGGAUGAUGAUGUAGAGAGAGAGGAGGAGAAGUGAGUGAUGAUGGUGAUGUAGAGAGGAGGAGAAGAAGUGAAGGAUGAUGGUGAUGUAGAGAGAGGAGAAGUGAGUGAUGGUGAUGUAGAGAGAGGAGGAGAAGAAGUGAAGGAUUAUGGUGAUGUAGAGAGAGAGGAGGAGAAGAAGUGAGUGAUGAUGGUGAUGUAGAGAGAGAGAAGAAGUGAGGGAUGAUGGUGAUGUAGAGAGAGGAGAAGAAGUGAGUGAUGAUGGUGAUGUAGAGAGGAGGAGAAGAACAUUUCUAAUUAUCUUUCUUUACAUAUGUAUAUGUCUUUUUUUUCUACACAUAAGGCACCGUAGAGUAGUUCAGUUUAGCUCUAGUACCUUACCAAUGUGCCUUGACCUUCCCAAAUUAAACUAGCUUUUUCAUUAUUCUCAAUAAUGUUUUAUGUUUAUCAAUAUGGAUGCAUGUAUGCAUUAAGGGAUUGAUUUAUAUUUGUUUAUUUUUUAUCUUUUUUCCCCCACAUUGCUCUGUGGAUUUUUUCCUCCAGUGUUGUUGAUUUUAGUCGACUAAUUACACACCUUUAUACAGUUGGAUUUUGAGAAAUAAAGUUGCCAAAAGACUUAAA